GGUCUUUUCAUCUUGUAUUCGUCAUUAAGAAGAGGUUGAGCAGACUUCAACAAAACGCAAAAAAAAAAAAAAAAAAACGUAAUCGCGGCGGUCUGAAUGCGAUCCAAACAGGUCCGGGCCGUGUGGGUUCUGUGUAAGUCGUAGAAGUUCGAGCUGCAGCCAAAGAACAGGCAGAGCACGUUGUUUCCAUUACCUCGUGAAGACACGCUAGCUCCCUUUAGCAUUGAAACGUUGCGACCUCGCUGUGAGGAUGCCCUGCCACAAUCAGCAGCUCAACAGUGACCAGGAGCAGCCGAUGAAGCAGGUUCGGUUUGCGAACAGCAGCAAUGUGCCUCCGAUUCUGAACAGCUCCGAACCGAGUGAUGUCCCCACGCAGCCCGACAGCCAGGACAGCCUGGGACCUCAGCUGAAGCUUCUCCCCCUGAACGACCAGAUCCGAGAGUUACAGACAAUAAUCAGAGACAAGACAACCAGCAGAGGAGAUUUUGUUUUCUGUGCGGACCGACUGAUCAGACUAGUAGUUGAAGAGGGCUUAAAUCAGCUUCCCUUCUCAGAGUGCACCGUCACCACUCCCACAGGGUACAUGUAUGAAGGUGUCAAGUUCGAAAGAGGCAACUGCGGAGUCAGCAUCAUGAGGAGUGGUGAAGCCAUGGAGCAGGGUCUCCGGGACUGCUGCCGCUCAAUCCGGAUCGGAAAGAUCCUCAUCCAGAGCGACGAGGAAACCCAGAAAGCAAAGGUCUACUACGCAAAGUUUCCCCCGGAUGUGUACAGAAGAAAAGUGCUGCUCAUGUACCCCAUCCUAAGUACAGGGAACACUGUGAUCGAGGCCGUGAGGGUGCUGAUAGAACACGGAGUCCAACCCAAGCAUAUUAUUCUCCUCAGCCUCUUCUCCACACCUCAUGGAGCCAUAUCCAUAAUCCAGGAGUUUCCAGACAUCACCAUCCUGACCACAGAGGUUCACCCGGUGGCUCCGACACAUUUUGGACAGAGAUACUUUGGCACUGACUAAAACCUGGAGAAAAUGAUGAUUAGCAGUGUUUAUGGCAUAUCUCAUGGCGUCCUUGUGUCGUGCAAUACUUCAAUCAAGUUGUUAAAACUGAAACCUGACGAUCAACCCCAUUACUGCUAUUUUUUGCUUUGUGUGCUUAGACUGUAGAAAGAAAACCACAAAGAUUAAAACAUGACUCAUUUUAUUUUGCAUUGUAUCAAGUGAUGGAUCAAUAAAGAUUUUUGUUUGUUUACAGGCAAGAUAAA